GUACUAGUAAGCGCGCGUCUCCUAGAUUGUCUUAGUCGUGGUGUUAGCUGUGCGUGCCCCACAAGUAGUAUGUCUAUAGUAGAUGAUGAAGAAUUUGCAACUGGAGAUUCUGGGGCUUCAAAAACUUUACCGAAACAGUGUAGUUCUUUGAGGAAAGGCGGAUAUGUCGUAAUGAAAGAUCGUCCUUGCAAAAUCGUGGACAUGUCUACGUCGAAGACCGGGAAACAUGGCUCUGCGAAAGUGCACAUAGUUGGGAUCGAUAUAUUCACUGGUAAGAAAUAUGAAGAGAAUCGCACAUCAUCACACACUAUGGAUGUACCUGUGAUAAAAAGUGAGGAUUAUCAACUGGUGGAUAUCAAAGACGGGUUCUUGUCACUAAUGGGCGACGAUUUAUGCGUCAUCGAAGAUAUUCCCGUUCCUGACAAUGAAGUUGGAAAGGAAUUAAAGGAAAAAUGGAAUUCAAGAGGGGAGACAGAGAAUAUGAUUGUCACUAUAUUAUCUGCUAUGGACGAAAGGCAAGCACUAAAAGUUCGUACUACUUCAGACAAGUAAACAGAAUCCCAUUUGAAUAAAAUUUCACACGACACUAAGUAAAAUUUUUUUAUUAUGUUUGAGAAAAAAAUAUAUUUCUAGUGUUAUUUGAAUCAGACCUUAGUAUCUCGUAGUCAAUAAGGCUUCACUCCCCGCUUAAUAGUUUCAGAGUCAUACGUGGCACCGACAUGUUCAUCCCAUGCUUUCCUACAUUUGGCGACAAUCCAUGUAUGCUCCUCAUGGUCUAGUACAUCAAUAGUAUAUCACCAAACCUACCUGCAUUGCGAAGAAAACAUCCGUUAUGAUCUGUCACUACUCUCGUCAAUGGAUUGUAGAAACCAUCACCAGUAUCGUAGCAUCCGUCUGGUAUUUGUGUUCUUGGUUCUUUGUCUACUAUUUGUGACCUUCCUGCAAAAUAGAGAAAUGUGUUGCUUGAAAUAUGAAUAAUUGCAAAACACUAUCGUGGCUCUUUUACCUAAAUCUGGUUUCUG